UUGAGCUUCAUUCAACAUCUCUUUUUAGAUUAUGUUUACUUUGAAACUCCCGAGAACACCCCAUAUCAGAUCCGCCGAAUAGAAGAUUUGAAUAAAACUCCGUCCGGUCAAGUAGAAGCCAGAGUAACUCUGUUUUACCGGCGUCGAGAUAUCUCCGCUGCACUGCUGAAGAUUGCUGAUCAAGCCGAGAGGAGAUUCGACGAAUAUUAUGAGGUAGACAAGCCUAAGACCGACAAUAAGUAUGGCUCUUCGGGACAUACGGUGGCUAAUGGAGCAGACGCCAAGAUCGAGAUAAGUGAAGCAGCUCAUAAGCAUGAACCCAAAGACGACAGUGAUGACUGCAUCGACUGGGGCAUAGCUGGUCUACCAUUAGGCGUUGAAACUCUUAGUGACGACGAGAGGCAUCGAAUGAGGCAAAGGGAACUAUUUCUCUCAAGGCAAGUAGAAACCCUUCCAGCCACUCUAAUUCGUGGAAAGUGCGCGGUCACGUUGCUUAGUGAAGUUGAGACAGUGGCGAGCUACGAUGGAGAAGACAAAUUCUUCUACUCCCUCGUAUAUGAUCCCAGCCAAAUGACUUUGCUUGCGGACAAAGGCGCUAUUCGUGUUGGUGAGAAGUAUCAGGCUGAGGUUCCUGAGAGAAUGGAAAGCGAUGACAAAGCCGAAAAUGGCGAUGGCGAUGAACUAAUGAUCGACGAUGAGGAGGAACAAAGUGACAAUCCACAGCGACCAACAGUACGGCCCCCUACCGAAACCGAGAGGGAGGUGCUCGUUUAUCAUCCUCACCACUCGCUGACAGACAGGGAUAUGGACCAGUUCUUGAUUGUUGCCAGGUAUGUGCUUAUGUUUCAUCUGGGAAUGCGUUAUCUUUGUUCUGUUUCUUAUUUCAUAUACAGGGAGGUUAUAUACAAGACAAGUUGCGUUUCUUCUGCUAGCUGAUC